AAUGUUUCCAAACACGGCACUCCCUGCACGCUCCCCGCCUCCUCCUCUCCGCGGCAGCGUGAAGGCGGCUCCUCCUCCCGCAGCCGCCAGGGCUGCCGGGAGCGGGGCGGAGGACAUCGGAGCCGCUUCCUGCGGCCCUCCCCGGACGGCCCCGCAAGAAGCAGCCCGAGCUCCCGGCACGGCCUCAGCCGGGCGGCCCCGGGACGGGCUCGGGCGGGGGAGCGGAGGGGCGGGGCUGCGCAGCGACCCCGCCUCCUGCCACGCCCACCAAGCGCGGGCGGCUCCGCCGCCGGAGGGCGCGCGGCGCGGCGCGUGCGCCACUCCCGUGAGGCUCCGCGGCGGCGGCGGCAUUCAAACCCGCGGCGGCCGUUGGGGGCGCGUCAUUGGCUCUUCGUUCCCCGGCGCUGGCGGGCUUGGAUCGCGGCGGCAUGAGGCCUCGGGGGGACAGGUCGGCGCUGGGCAGCCCCGCGGUGGCCGUGGCGUUCCCGGGAGCUGUGUGCCGGGGCAGCGGCUACCGCUUCGCCUGCGAGCUCCUGAAGCACGUCCUGCACCAGCGGAACCAGCUCCCGCUGCCCUACGAGCAGCUCGCCUACUUCUGCCGGCAGGCGGCCCAGGAUGGAGGUGGAAUUGAGAAACCACAUUCCCUGGGCCUGGCAAGCAGAAAGUGCCAGCAGCUGCUGACGGAGCUGGAGGGAUUGUUCCAGCACCUGGAAGUCAUGUUUAGUCUGACGCUGGUUCCUCGGGUUCUUUUCCUACUUGGAGGCAAUGUCAUGAACCCCAAGGAGCUCUAUGAGCUGAAUUUGGAGGGGUUCUGUGAGGGCUCUGCUGAAGAGAGCCUCCAGACUGCGCCCUGUGUUCGCCAGCUCUUUCACCGCCUGUUUGUCGCUGAUGUCUUCAGUGAACUUAAGGCUCUCCCUGUCACAGGCACUCUAGUCCUGGUCCAGGGCCACCGUGACUGUGGUGUUGAGUGGUUCCGGCCCAAGCUCAACUACCAAGUGCCGAGCCGAGGGAGGAAGCUGACUGUUAAGUUGUCCUGCGAUGGAGACCUCCACGUUAGUGCCUCCCUUCCACAGCACACGGCAUCUACUUGGGAGGACUAUGUCUGGUUCCAAGCACCAGUGACCCUCAAAGGCUUUAGUGAAUGAAUGGAUUCCAUAGAAACUUAAUUGGAAUAUUGAUUACUUUUUUUCCUUUAGGUGUCAAUUUUAGCAAAUGUAACCAUGUAUUUUUGAAUCAUGUCUCUGAUUUUUUUUUUUUUUCUUCAUGGUGUCUGCUGCCUUCCUGUAUCUUGCUGCGCUCCUCUAUUGUCCUUAUUUCCUGAGUUGUUGUUGAAGGCAAAUCCACUUUAAGGCACAGUUGCACACAGGUCCAGCGGCUCUUUAGGGACCCGAGCUGUGACCCGGGAUGAAUUAAUGUGUUGGGAAUAAAACUUCCCUGCUGAGUGCUUGCUGAACUGGUACAUGCUGGAUACAUCCAAUCUCCUCCUGAGUUUUAAUAUGGCCGUUUUCUGACCCUGCCUUUGCCACGUUACCCAUAGGCUCUCUUAGGUGAAGCUAUUUCCUGCAAAAUAACUCUCUGCGAGGAAAUCCUGCAGGCUUUAAAAGGCUCCGCACAGCAGGAAAACCAGCGGGCAAAAUCGGACUGGGACACGGAGGUAACAUUGUUGCAGAAGAGGGAUUUAUUCCCAGCUAGUAAAGAAUGGGACAGGAUGAAGGCAGCUCCUCUGCAAAUGGCUGGAGCUGCCAGGGCUGCCGUGGAGAUGGGCGGAGCCGCUUCCAGGGGCCCCCUGGCAGCUCCACAAGCGACAGCCGCAGCUCCCAACGCUGCCUCAGCUGCCGUGGUAUGCGCCCCACUUGAGUACUCAGGUGCUUGUGCAUCUAUUUCGUAAUAUUGCACUUUCCUAUAACUCACUUACUGUUCCUUAACACUCCAAAGUAAGACUUGGCAGCAACUGAAAAAUCUUGUAGCUAGUGCUGUCUUGGAGAUGGAAAGAGUCUGGUAGUGUGGAGGCAGGGUAGCAAUAAGCAAGUUAUUUUUUUACUAAUCUUUGCCUAACAGCCCUGACAAUUGGUUAGAUAUAAGAUUAAAAGUAAGCAGUUUCUUUGCUAACCCUCUUCAGAGGAAGUUAGAAGUGCUGCUGCAAUAAUGGAAGAUUACUCUCACUUGAGGAAGAAACUUUGACUUUAAAUGUUUCUGAAAUGCAUAGAAAUCAGGGGAAUGUGAUCAAGUUUAGCACUAUCUUUACCUGCAAAAUUUGUGCUCUUAGUCAGAUUGUUUCACUUAGAAUCAGAUUUGAGCCUGUUCUUGUGGGCUGGUGUCUACUGCAGAACAGGAUGGGGAGAGAAGCCUUGAGAGCAGUGUGUUAGAACUAGAUACCUGCUGGAGUUGUCUUCAGUCAGCUGGGCUAUUAUCUGUGCUGUAAUGAGCUUUCAGUAACUUGAAAUAACUCCUACCAUUUGAAGAGAAAGGUGAACCUACUGGCAGUGAGGGUACUUGCUGUUACUAGUCAAAAAUGCACAAUGGGGUGGUAAAAGUCCUUUGUGAAGAGGGUGGAGGUUGAAGUAACCCUCUACGCUUGGUGCAUAUUUUAACCUUGACCUUUUGGAUGGAAUGAGAUGAUAGAAGUAGUAGGAACUUGAUUUGAAAUUUUUGAGCUUGGAGAACACUAGAGUGCCCUCUCUGCUGUAGUAUCCAUUAAUAUCUGUUUACAAUGUGCAGUAGCUGCUUCUUAAGCUCAUUCUAGGGGAAAAACUUUGAGUGAAGAAAGCUGCCUUAUGUGCAGCUGCCCUCUUGAAUAUGAAAUCUCAGGUCUCUUGAAGGAAAUGUAACUUGAAUGUAGGAGUGUUUGUGCUCAGGAGAUCAAAACCUUUUAUGUUUCCACCAAAGCUGCUUGUAACACGUUUAAGAAUGCAGGUGCCCCAAGUGUUUAAA